CAAAACAACAACAGAAAGUCUUGGGUGCCUGCGUCAGAGACUUAUGUAAUUAAUUCCAAGUGAUACCUGCUACAAUGCGGGUGCAAAGUGCAGUGGAGAGGUGGUGGGAGGUGACGUGAGUCCAGAAGUCAUGCGGUCUGGGGAUCAUUGUCCUAAACAAAACACGAAAAAAAGGGGCGCCGAAGCUUUUCUGUCGUUCGUUAAUAUCACACCCAUGGAUGUUACGCCUAAAUUUCUCGAGGACAUUCGGGAAACCUGGCUUCCUCCUUCCCAUCCGGCGGAACGCUCCGAGGGCAGGCGCCGCUGGGCCGGCAGAGGGCGCCAGGCCAGCCCCCGCCACUCCGGAACCGCGUUAUGGCCGCGGCGCGCGUGCAGCUGCUCGUGUCCGGGCGUCCCGAGUCGGUGAGCUUCGCACGGAGUGUGUGCGGCCUCCUGGGCGCUGGGCUCGGGCCUGGGCCAUGGCCUACGUACUGCAGCUUGAAGCGAGGACACCUAAUCCUCUCAGAUCAGCCGUUUCCGGGCGCCUCGGUGACGCUUCCGCUUCAGAGACCUCCUUUCUGCCCGUUUGCGGCCUUGGACCCGCAGCCCUGGACCACCGGAGCCGAGCUGCCCAUGAAUCGAAGUGUGGAUCUGGGUGUGGCUAUCAUUCUGCAGUCCAGCGACCAGACUGUCUUGUUGACCCGGAGGACACGAACCCUCCGAGUUUCCCCCAAUCUCUGGGUACCUCCAGGUGGGCAUGUGGAACCUGAUGAGGAGCUGCUGGACGGAGGACUCCGGGAGCUGUGGGAGGAGAGUGGACUACAGCUGCCCCAGGGCCAGUUCUCUUGGGUCCCUCUGGGAUUAUGGGAGUCUGCCUAUCCUCCUAAGCUGACCUGGGGUCUCCCCAGGUACCAUCACGUCGUUCUCUAUCUACUUGUGAUCUCCCAAGAAUCACAGCAGCAGCUGCAGGCCAGGAUCCAACCAAACCCAAGUGAGGUGAGCGCCUUUACAUGGUUGGGUCCAGAUGUAGCAGCAGCAGUGGCUUCCACAGAAGAUGGGACAGAGGCUCCCAGACACCUCCCCCAGGACCUACCACCCUCUGUCCCUGUGGUGGAACUAGACAAGGACGGAGGAACCCGACCGCUGGCCCUGCCCGUGUCCACACUGCUACAGACAACCCCAACCACGCCAGAUGACAAAGAGAGGGUCAGCACAGGCACCAAGUUUGCCCUCGGUCUCUGGCUGCAACAUCUGGGCAAGAAAAGGUAGGGCUGGGAUGGCAGCCGAGGUGACGGGACAGUGCUUCUUGGUCGGGGGCAGAUCCUCCUCAUCUGAUGAGCUUUCUAUCGUCAAGUCAAUAACUUCAACCUUUUUCUUACUCUCUGAUGGAUUCCCC